AUGAAGCUAAACCCAGAAGAAACAGCACUUUGUGGUGGGUUUGGCUUCACAAGUGUGCUGUGUCUUGCAGGUGAAGAUGAACAAUCUACUGAGAUGGCUGCAAGGUGGGAAGAUGAAAACGUGACUGAAGCUGCCUCAGAUGGUUUUGUUGCUAUUAAAAUCGACACCAAAAGUGAAGCAUGCCUGCAGUUUUCUCAGAUUUAUCCCGUAGUCUGCGUCCCAUCCAGUUUUUUUAUAGGAGACAAUGGAAUCCCUUUGGAAGUAAUUGCUGGCAGUGUUUCUGUUGAAGAGCUUGUUUCCAGAAUCCACAAAGUGAAGCAGAUGCACACAGUGAAAGGACCUUUGGAAAACGGUGGUCAGUCACCUGCUCCCUGUUCCUCCUCUCAGUCUGAUGGUGCUCCUGAAAACACACAGGCCAGAGCAGCAGAGUUCUGUGACUCUCCUGAGCCUGUUGUGCCUGAGACACUAAGAUCUUCCACUGGUAAUGGUGGAGCAAAUUCAGGGCAAGCAAGCCAGGAAGCAGCUAAUUCUGCAGAUGAGCAAGUGAAUGAUGCUCAGCCUGUGAACGAUCUCUCACUCAAAGUAGAAAGAAUAACAAAAAAGCUUGAAGAAAGGCGAGAAGAGAAAAGGAAAGAAGAAGAACAGAAAGAAAUUAAGAAAGAAAUUGAAAGGAGGAAAACUGGUAAAGAAAUGUUGGAGUACAAAAGGCGACAGGAGGAAGAACUGACGAAGCGAAUGUUGGAGGAGAGGAACAGGGAGAAGGCAGAGGAGAAGGCAGCGAGGGAGCGCAUAAGGCAGCAGAUUGCCAUGGACCGUGCUGAGAGAGCAGCUCGCUUUGCCAAAUCGAAGGAAGAAGCAGAGGCUGCAAAAGCUGCAGCUCUUCAGGCCAAACAGGCUGAAAUAGAACUGUCCCCACACCUGUCCUGCAGUGCAAUCGCCAGGAUCCAGUUCCGUCUCCCCGAUGGAUCUUCCUUUACUAACCAGUUCCCCUCUGAAGCACGGCUGGAAGAAGCAAGGCAGUUUGCUGCACAGACAGUUGGUAACACUUAUGGCAAUUUUUCCCUGGCGACGAUGUUUCCCAGGAGGGAAUUUACCAAAGAAGAUUAUGGGAAGAAGUUACUGGAAUUAGAGUUAGCACCCAGUGCUUCAGUGGUGUUGCUGCCGGCUGGAAGACCUGCUACUUCUGUCGUUCAGGCCUCAGGCAGUGACCUGUGGAAGUUCUUGGGCACAAUCCUUUAUCCCCUCUUAGCGGUUUGGAGAUUCAUUAGCAACUUCCUGUUUACGAGUCCACCCCCAUCCCAGUCCUCGGUGAGAUCAGCUCACCAGCAAGACCACUCAACCCCUGCAGCAUCGAGCAGCAUCGAGCAGAGCAGGCAAGCAGUCAGGAAACGAGUAGUGGAAAAGAGGGGGGAAGACUUCAAAAAAGAAGGCAAAAUAUAUAGACUGAGGACUCAAGACGAUGGAGAAGAUGAAAACAAUACUUGGAAUGGAAACUCUACACAACAAAUGUAGUUCUGAGUAACUGCAGUUACUAUCUGGCUGCUUGUUUUUUCUUCUCUCUUGUAUGAUCUAAGUCAAUUAAAGCUUCUGGGCCAGUGGGGUUUAUUUCACAUUGACUGGAUUACUUAAUUCUUAUUCCUACAGUGGAGUGUGGAAUAAAGUCACCUCAGUCAGAAAAAUGAAGUGGGUGUAGGUGAGGCCUAGAAGCAAGAAGGUAAAAAGACUGAAAAUCUCCAUCAGCUUUCAUAAUUAUUACCCUCUGCCAUAGAAAGGCACUUUUUAAUCUAUAAAUAUUCUGCUACAUAAAUUGAAGGGCCAGAUGUGUUAAUAUAAAGGUCACAGUAGGCUGAUUACAGUGAGGGUUUCAGGAGCACUAUCAGUAGCAAAUCAGUUAAUUAAUUUAUGUUUAACUUUUUUCUUGCUUCUGCAACUGCAAGCAAAACCUUGUAGUUUUUAAUUCCCUAAGCACUCAAUAAACUAUUUUCCAGAAAA